AUUAUAAUUAAACUUUUUAUAUUUUCUUUUGUCGAUCUUGCUUUCAAAGUGGAAUUCGGCCUGGGCUUUAAUUAAAAAAAAGGCCAUUCCAGACGACAGCACGAUUUAAAUCGAGUCUUGAAUCGGACAAAAUUUUCAGGGAAUUUUUCGAAAUCCUGCAGAUUUUCCAAUUUUCUCCGAUUCUUUUCGUUUUCCUCUUCCCAACGACUUCGAUUUCGUUGAAUUUGAGCCGUUCUGCAGCUCAAAAUCGCUGCAACAAAGGGGUUCGAUCUGGAGACCUGUUGAGGCCAUCGGAGCGCCAGAUCUAGGAAAAUAACGCAUGGAAGACAUAUUGCGCGACUAUGGCCUCAGGCCGCAGGGCAAAUCCGCUCCAAUGGGAUCAAGCAAGAGCCUAAACACAACCACCAGCAGUUUUAGUUUCAAUUUUAACACAGUCGGAGGGUUGAACAAUUAUAACAACAAAAAAUCUUCUCCCUCAUUAAACCCUGUCGAUGAUAUUUUCAGCACGACAGCAAAUCAGGGCACAAGUACGUACAAUAGCAGUGACACCGAUUUUAGUGCGGUCUACGAUGAUGUCUUUAGCGGGCCUGCACAGCCGAAAACCAGCCAUUCGACCAUGGGCUACAAUGACAUUUUUCAGAGCUUUUCUUCUCCCACAAAACCCUCAUCGGCCCCUCUAUCUGGUGCCCCGCGUUAUGACGAUGAUAUCUUUGGCGGCGUACAGGGAGUGAAGAGCUCAAAUACGAUGCCAUACGAUGAUGUUUUUGCCAGCGUUGGAGGAUCUGCUGCUAGCCCUGGGCGUGAUUCGUUUGAUGAUCUGCUCGGUGGGUUCAGCGCCAAGGAACCGGCUGCUAAACCUCGUAGUCCUUCCCCUCCUGCGAAGGGAAAUUCGGCAUUUGAUGAUUUGCUGCCAGGGUUUGGGAAGAGUGAGCCUGCUGAACCACGGGGCACAGCCAAGACUAAGUUCCAACAGCCCUCUGAUUCUUCCCAGAAGCCUGCAACUGAUCCUUUUGUAGUUUUAGAAGCAGAUUCUUUUUCCUCAAAUGCAUCUUCAGCUACAUUUCAUGAUCCUCUUGAAGAAUUUGGUAUGCCAACUGAGUCUGCUAGUAUGAAUGACAGAAAAAGUUCCACCAAUGGAACUAUUGGAAUUGAUGAUAUCUUUGAUGGCUUUUCUCAAUCAGUUCCCCUAGCCUCAUCUCCCAUCAAUAAUUUUGGCAAAGACCAAAGCCCAUUGAAGACAGAUCGAAUCUCGAGUCCUCCUCGAACUAAGGAUAGCAGAGAGGCUGUGGAAAGCAAAUCUCCAAAGAUAGCCUCAGCAAAUAACCUAGAGAAAAAUCAUGCCAAGAUAUAUUCAAGUGACCCUAUGGCAGAUUUUGAUAUACCAAGUGGCAUUGCUGAUGCUUCUAUAAAAUCUACUUCAGAUACCAAUAAACAUUCUUUGCAUGAAGAUUCUACAUUUUCUAGUAACCUGAAUUCGAAGGAGGCUUCUUCACCUGGAAAGCCUAAUGACAGUUCAGAGAUUGUCUAUGAUAGAUGGAUCACUGUAGAUGACAUUCAACUUUUUACACAACCUACAUCAGCCCCACCACCAUCAAGGUUACCUCCUCCUUUAGUGAUCAAGCAGGGACCCUCAAAAUCAUAUAGAGAAGCAUUUGGUUCUGAGAAACCAUCUGUGAUUUCUUCAAUUGACGAACUCGAAGAGUUUGCCAUGGGUAGGUCUCAAGGUUAUGCUCAACAGAAAGAAGGUAUAUCAUCAUUUGAAGAAGACAUUGGCAGCAAUUCAGCAGCAGCUGCAAUGAAGGAAGCCAUGGACAAGGCUGAAGCAAAACUAAAAACGGCCAAGAAAGUGAGAGAGAAGGAAAAGGAAGAAGAUAUGGUCAAGGCCAGGCAAAGUGAAAGGCAAGAGAGAGAAGAAAGACCAGUGGAAGAGGUUGCCGAGCGUGAAGAAAAGGAAAGGGUGGCAAGGGUAGCUCGGGAGGCUCGUGAGAGAGAGGAGAGAGAAAAGGAGGAACGAGAAAGAGAAAGGCUUAGAACAGAAAAGGAGAGAGAGAGAAACAAAAUUGCUGUGGAAAGGGCAACAAAGGAGGCUCGUGAGAGAGCAGGUAUUGAAGCUCGUGAAAAAGCACAAAGAGCUGCAGUUGAGAGGGCAACCAGAGAGGCUCGUGAGAGGGCAGCUACUGAAGCACGAGAAAGAGCACAGAGAGCAGUUGUAGAGAAAGCAGCUGCAGAGGCAAGGGAAAGGGCAGCGGCUGAGGCUAGGGAAAGGGCAGCUGCAGAGGCAAGAGAACGGGCAGAAAGAGCAGCUGCAGAGGCAAGGGAAAGAGCAGCUGCAGAGGCAAAGGAAAGAGCAGAGAGAGCAGCUGUAGAGAGAGCUACAGCAGAGGUGAGACUUAGAGCAGAGCGUGCUGCUGUAGAGAGGGCCACUGCCGAAGUUCGAGAGCGUGCUGCAGAAAGAGCAUCAGCUGAGAGGGCUGCUGCAGCAAAAGAGAGGCAAAUGAGAAAUGACAAUGAUCUUGAAUCUUUCUUUAGUAUGGGUGCUCGGCCUAGUAGUGCCCCUAGGCAAAGACCAGCCACUCCGGAUGCUUUUUUUAAUGCACAAACUCAAAACAAAGGAUUUUCUAGUGAAGCACCCCAGAAAACAUCUGCAGGGGUUCCAUCCGGUAUUAGGAAAGCUUCUUCUGCAGCAAACAUGACUGAUGAUUGGACAUCUCUUUUUGGCACUCCAUCAGCUGAUGAGUUUCAGGAGGUUGAAGGAGAAACCGAGGAGAGGAGGAGAGCUAGGUUGGAACGGCAUCAACGCACCCUUGAACGAACUGUCAAAGCAUUAGCUGAAAAGAAUGAACGUGAUAUGCAAGUUCAAAGAGAUCAAGCUGAGAGAAAUAGAUUUUCUGAAACUUUGGAUGCUGAGAUCAAACGAUGGGCGGCAGGGAAGGAGGGAAAUUUAAGAGCUUUGCUUUCAACAUUGCAAUAUGUACUUUGGCCUGAGGCUGGUUGGCAGCCAGUAUCACUGACAGAUGUUAUUACUGGUGCUUCUGUCAAGAAAGUUUAUAGGAAAGCUACUCUGUGUGUACAUCCAGAUAAAGUGCAGCAAAAAGGGGCAACUAUCCAACAGAAAUAUAUUGCUGAAAAAGUUUUUGAUCUGUUAAAGGAGGCUUGGAACAAAUUCAAUUCAGAAGAGCUCUUCUAGAGAUGGAUUGAAAAAGCUUUAAGCAGGGUUCUAGAGGUCAGGUUCAUGGUAGCUUGAUUUAAAACUUCAACUCUCUUCCGGAAGUACCAUGUGCAGAUGAACUGACUUGCCUGCCCCAAGAAAGAUCUGGGAACAACUUCCAAAUCAUGUUCAUGUUCAUCAGUCGGAAAGCAUAAAGAGUGGUAUGGGUUCUUCUGUUGUCCUAGUUCUGCAAUCAUGUUAUGGGCUUGCAUUGAUUACGGGAUCAUGUUGACUUUGAAUUGUGGUGGAGGGCAAUUUAUUAUAAAUAACAUUAUUUUUUGCCCAUUGUAACAUGCACUAGAUAAGGGUCAUUAAGUAGAAUGAUUGUGUCUAGAUAUUUGCAGUUUAACUAUUCUAUAUACUGUAGAUGUCUGAAUUGGUAAAUGUAAAUGCUGGUCUUUGACCACCUUGCCAGAGGAGUAUAGUUUUGUUCGACGUGUUGUUAUAUUAAUCUACAGAUUCAGAAUGGAUGGAUUUUGUCAGAAUUCAUUGUUUCAGUGGACUGAGAAAGCAUGCAUGCCAGUUUCCAUGAAUGAAUUCCAUAUCUAUGUAUUGGUGAUAUCAGUUAACAGAGAGGUUGCAUUGGUAUUCCAUGGUAUUUUGUUUGGACUACUUUCAGUAGACUUUCUGAUGCAAAUUUGCUCAUAAUUAGCAAAUUAACUUUGUAAUGCAUACAUGUUAGAAAAUACAGUAACUUAUUCGUUUUGCUUA